AUGGAUCCUAUCAAUUUUAUACUUAAUACAUCUGCAAACUUCUUUAAUUUAUCACAAUCCACUGACGAUUCUUAUGUAAGAGACUUUCUGGAAAAUGACAGUCAGCGGGUUCUUUCGGCAUCGCUCAACGACACAAGGAAGUCCAUACAAUUUCAAAAUAAGAUACCUAAUGAGUAUCAGAAUAUCCUACUUUUCUAUAAGACUUCGCAAAAGCGGGACGUGAAUGCAAAUUCUUUUGGACAGAAAUCGGAUCUUGGCAUGCUGACCUUGGAAGGUGGAAUUGUAAAAUCGAUUUAUAACUCAUUAUCGUCCAUUUUUGUGCCGAGUGCAAUUAACAAGAACGAAUGCUCCAGCGAUAUAAUAAAUCUCAUAGAAAACCUUCAAACCAACUUAAGUGUAUCCCUUGGAGUAGCUGAAACAGGCAUAACAUCAAUUAAAGAUGAAAUCCAAUUUUGGCGACAAAAAGCUACAAACUCAACAACAAAAUCUGAUAAAGAUGCAGCAAGAAUAUUUGCAGAAGAGCUUAACAAUCUCAGCAAGGUCAUUGAGGACUUCACAAGCCUCAAAUCAAUCCAAAAAUUAGACAACUUAGAAGAUUUGAUGGAUAGAGUUCAGUACAUUCUUGAUGAGUUAUGGAGAGUCCCAAAUUUCCAAUAUCCACAAAAUCGAAUGAUAUCGGUCAUUGACGUUUUAUCGUCUAUGAUUGUAUCUUGUUGUAUUGAUGACAUGAUGAAUCAGCAAGACGACAUUUGGAGCACAAAUUCAAUGAACUUGAAUGAGUUGAUUAGUCACGUUAUGGACAUCAUGAAUAAUUGGAUUCAAAUCUGUGACUCGCUCACGAGAUUAUUUUGGACAAAUUGCGACCAACAUCCAUGGAUUGGACAGUCUUAUAUACCGAGUUUAAUAACAAGAUUUAAAAUCCGUGUUGAAGAAAUUUUGGACAUAAAACAAAUCCACAAGCAAAUUUCGAUAUUAAGUUCUGAAGAUGAAAGUGUGGAUUUUAAGUCAAGGGAUUAUUUCUACAGUUUUAGGGACAUCAACAUCUUCGACACAACACCAAUUGGCGAUAAAUAUUGGAACAACGCGAAAACUAAGUUCGAGCAGUCACUGUCAGCUAUUGAUGAGAAAAUAGCAGCAAAUAUCAAGUUUUCUAUCCAAAAUGCAAUCAACAACCCACGUCAAGUGAUUUACAUCUUCUCGAGAUAUGAGAACAUCCUCAAGAGACAAAAAAUCAAGGAUGCAUUGAGAAUUGAAUGCGACCAUCUACACCAAGCUGUAAUGGUCUUUAUGAAGCAAUUAAAUGAAGCACUUGGUGAUAAAAGUAGUCAUGCUGAUGAUGACGAUGAUGUCUCUCAGCUUGUCAGUGAAAUAAAAUGGCUGAAAAUUAUUGAAUAUCAAGUUCAACAAAUUAAUCAGAUCUGCCAAAAUGUGCUUAAUGACCGUGAAGAUUUUGAAGAGUUAAAAAAGAAAGUCAGCGAUUUUCAAGGUGAACUUGAACAAAGUUUAAAGCACAACUACAAUGAAUGGUGCGAACAGUCAAUGUCCUCGGUUGUCAGUGGGGAACUUGUAUUGAAAGACAAUGAACCUGUUGUAAAGUUUGAAAAAGCUGAUAGGCAAUUAAUGACUGUAACUUAUAAUCCAAAAUUGUUAACAUUUUGUCAGGAUUUGAGGCAUCUUAAGAAUUUUGGGUUCCAUACAAUCCCUAAUGACCUCAUCAAGUACGGAACCAUUGGUAGAAAGUAUGUGAAGUAUGCAAGGAAUCUUCAGCAGAUUGCAAAUUUCCACAACACGAUUGGUGAUCGAAUAAUUCCAUGUCAACGACCUAUCAUGCUGAAAAAUGCAAUGGAACUGUCGAAUUUAGUCAAAAGUCAAUCAGUUUCAUGGAAUAAUGAAGAGUCUGUCAAGAAGUACAUCAUGGUUCUACAAGAAGCAAUAAAUCAGCUGUCAAAGGAUAAUAAUUUGCUGUCUGGAUAUCAUGAGAAUAUGAAGAAAUCUAUCAUCAAAUUGAUGAGCACAGACCUCCUCAAACAAUCCAAUGUCUGGAAAUCAGAGCUCAAAACGCUUCGUGACUCAAUAGCAACUCUCGAAAGAAAAGGCUUCACUAAUUUAAACCUUUUCAGACUUCAUUGGGAUUAUCAACUAUAUAAAGCUCUAGAAUAUCAGCUAAUCCUAUUUCUUAUCGACAGCAAAGAAAAACUUCCAGACAUCAACAUCGAUUUAGUAUUUAGGAAUCAACAGCUUCAAUUUCGUCCCACACUCGAGGAAAUCCGCCACGAAUAUUAUUCACAGAUACGAAAAUAUGUGGAAAUGCCACUCCAUUUUCAUGGAUUCUCCGACAAUAGUAAUAAAUUAUUUCGUGUAAUGGUCGAGAGGAAUAGAUCGAGAUUUAAAUCACUUUACGAUAAAGCUGAGAGGAAUUUUCAUCGGUUGUGUGAAUUUAGAGAUUUAUGGCUGCCUUGGGUAUCGCUUGGAUGUGUUAAUCUUGAGAAUUUAUGUCAAGUUCAUUUGUCGAGUUGGGAGCAUUGGGAUAGGAAUUUCAAGUCGUGCAAGAAUUUUAGUCAAAAGAUUGCAAAGAUACAGAAAUCCGAAGAAAGAAUCGACUGCUUUGUUGUCAAUGUAGCUCCCGUCCGUUCCCACAUCGAAUUCAUAGCCAGAAGCUUCUGGGAAACAUUGUCAGUCAGCUUAAGGUCAUCAAUUCUAGAAGACAACUCAAUCCUUCAUGAAUACAUCACAACAGCUCUAAAUGUUUUACAGCACAUUCCAAAUGAUGACAAUGGAAUCAUAACAGCAAGCUUUAAGUACGAAAAAAUCGUUCAAGACCUCCCAAGAAUGACAGAACUACUUAAAAAUGUCCAAAGCAAGAACACAUGUCUCAUUGGAUGGUGUAAAGAAAGUGUUGGCUCACUUGAUUCACUUCUUGUCCAAUGGGAGAAGUUAUUGCCGUUAAUUGACAACCAUCAGCUGCUGCUACAAGGACAGCUUGAAGUUAUUAAAGAGAAUUUACUGUCAAAAAUUAAUGGAUUGAAUGGCGAUGCUGAAAAGUUUUUGAUUAAAUGGGAAGACACGUUGAAGGAUUUGGAAUCGAAUGCUGAUGUUGAUUUUGAGAUUUUUAAGGACAGGAAGUUACAAUGGUUAGAGUUUCUGGAUAAAAGGGAUAUGCUUAUUGCUGAAUGCGAAAAAUUCAAUGCAACAUUCACAAAAGAUCUCAACGAUAAGUUUCAAAAAAUUGAAGAUGACAUCAAGCGUCAUGGCGAGCAAUGGACAUUGUUUGAAGACUUUCUAAAUGACUAUGACAAAAUAGAACAAGAAGAAUGGUCAAUUUAUAGACGAAAACCUUACGUAUUUGCUGAUUUCCUUACUAAAUGGGAAAAUAAAACCAAUAACAUGAUUACAGUUCCAGCAAUGAGAAUUAAGAAGCAGAUUGAGAAGUUUAGGACAAUAAUGCCGACUUUGACGAUGUUGCAGUCAGAUUCACUUGGUGAUAAGCACUGGGCGAGUAUAUUUAAUAUUAUUGGACUGCCACCAAAAUCUUAUCAUGACAUAAAAUUGCAUGAUGUCCUCAAAUAUGCACCAGCACUAGCUGAAAACACAAAUGAUGUUAAAACUGUUGUGCAUCAAGCAUAUUCAGAGCAAAUUGUAAGGCAAGCAAUUACUGAAUUAGAGCAGUGGGGAGUUGUGGCUAAUUUAAAGCUAUUUACACAUUUAGACAGUCGGAAUGAGUCAAUAAUGCUGAUUAAAGAGUUUCAAGAAGCACUUAAUAAAAUCGGAGACAAUCAGUGCUUGCUACAAUCCGCAAAAAAUACAGUAGCAAUUGACAGUUUUAUGGACCAAAUAGAAUUAUGGGAGAACAAAUUGAAUCUUAUAAGCUACAUCCUCAACAACCUCUGUCAAAUUCAGAAGAAAUGGAUUUAUUUAGAGCCAAUUUUUGCGAAUGGAACAUUAAGAAGUGGAGACACGUCAUUUAAUCGGAUUGACAAGGAUUUUCGGUACAUUAUGAGAGACAUUUCCAGCAAUCCAAAGGUCAUAUCACUUGUGAAAAUUAAUAACAUCCAAAUGAUAAUUGAGUCAUUGCUGAAUCAGCUUCAGCAUUGCCAAAAUACUUUGACAACUUACAUGACAUCAAAACGAGAUUCAUUUCCUAGAUUUUAUUUCCUUAGUGAUGAUGACUUGUUGGAGAUAUUAGGGCAAGCCAGUAAGGAAAAUAUCAUACAGAAGCAUAUUAAUAAGCUAUUCCCAGGAAUCUACAAGCUUGACUUAAUCCUGGAAGAUAAAAAUACAAAAAUCAAGAGCAUUAAGACAUCCGAAGGUGAUAAUGUCCAACUUUCAAGUAUAAUCUCAACCACAGAUUCCGUUGAGACAUGGUUGACAAAACUAGACACAGAAAUUAAGACAACUUUAAAGCAACAAAUCAGAAUUUGCUAUCAAACCAACGACAUGAGUUUAGAGACAAUUGAAAAAUUCCCAAUGCAAGUCUUAUGCCUCGUUAACUCAAUUAACUUUACGUCCAAACUUGAAAAGUCAAUUAUGGGUAUGAGCCUCAAUGCAACUCUAAACUCCCUCAAAAUUGACAUCAGCAACUUUUCAAUUAUGCUGCAAAAUUCCUCAAAUUCAUUAACUCAAUUAAAAAUCCGAUCAUUGCUGUUUGACUUGGUCUAUCACGUGACAACUGUUGAAUAUCUUAUAAGACACAAUGUAACAAACUUAAAUGAUUGGCAUUGGCUGCAACAAAUUAAAUUUUAUUACAACACAAGAAAUGAAGUUGUGUCCAUAAAAGUUGUGAAUGCUGAGUUUGAAUAUUCUUAUGAGUAUCUUGGAAAUUACAAUAAACUUGUUUACACGUCGCUGACUCACAACUGCUACUUGACACUGACUCAAGCGAUGUAUUUAGGACUUGGAGGUAAUCCAUUCGGACCAGCUGGAACAGGAAAAACUGAAUGUGUUAAGUCACUCGGUGCAAUGAUGGGACGAAUGGUGCUCGUCUUUAAUUGCAAUGAGAAUAUCGAUACAUCAGCUAUGGCAUUGAUAUUGACUGGAAUUUCAAGAUGUGGAGCUUGGGCUUGUUUUGAUGAGUUUAAUAGGUUGCAAGAGGAAACAUUGUCGGCUAUAGCUAUGCUUAUUCAGCCGUUGCAGAUUGCGUUGAAGGAGAAGCAAGAAGUUGUGCAUAUGUUGGACAAGAAUAUCCCCCUGAACCGCCACUCAUGCAUAUUUGUAACACUAAAUCCAGCUGAUGAAGACUAUGGAGGCAGAAAUCAAUUGCCAUCUAAUUUGCAAGCAUUGUUCCGACCAAUUGUGAUGCAGCAACCAGAACCAAAAGAGAUUGCUAAAGUUAUGCUGUUCAUUGAAGGAUUUAAGUUUGCUGAGGAAAUUGGAAAGCGGAUUGUUGAGUUGUUUGACUUGUCAAACAAACUCUUAUCACCUCAACGUCACUACGACUGGGGUCUUCGAGAACUCAAAACCGUCCUUAGUGCUUGUGGAAAAGCUCUAUCCACAGCUCUUACUUCUCAGCAAGAUCUAAAAAUAAAAGAUGAGAUGGAAAUUGUCGUUCAGUCUCUUAAACCAAACGUGAUGUCAAAAUUGACAAGAAAUGAUUGCAAACGAUUUGAAAUGUUGCUAGAAGAUGUUUUUCCACAGCUGAAUAUAUCAGGUGAUGCACAUGAAGAGUUUAAAGUAAAAAUAGAGGAGACAUUCCAAGUGAUGGGACUGUCUAGAAAUGAGAGACAAAUUGAUAAAUGUAUUGAGCUUUAUGAGCAAUUAAGGAAGAGAAUUGGUGUUGCUGUGUAUGGUCCACCAAGUUCUGGCAAAAGUACAGUCAUAUCUGUCCUUAAAACAGUUCUUAUGUCGAUGCAUAAAACCAUAAGAACUUAUAUAAUCUCCCCAAAAUCUAUGGAACGUUCACAACUUCUCGGUAAGCUUGAUAUCAACACAAGACAAUGGUACGAUGGUGUCUUAACUCAAACUGCAAUAGCAGUCAACAGUGAACCACUUGAUGUAACAUCAUGGAUCAUUUGUGACGGUGAUGUCGAUCCUGAAUGGAUUGAAGCUUUAAAUUCAGUGUUGGAUGACAAUAAGCUUCUCACAUUGCCAUCUGGCUGGAGAAUUCAGUUUGGCAGCAACGUAAAUUUCAUUUUUGAGACGCAUGACUUGGUCAAUGCAUCUCCUGCGACUAUUUCUCGCAUGGGAAUCGUUAAAUUUAGUCCUGAAGAUUUGCCACCCAUGUCAAUUGUUGAUUCAUGGACAUUAAAGCAUCAGAAUAAUGACACGAUGAAAUUGAUGGUUGAGAAGUAUUUUGAGAAUGUGCUGAGUAAUUUUGAGGAUGUGUCUAGACUGUCUCCUCUAUUCCCAAGAAUAUCGAUAGUCCGAAACAUCCUUAAUGUUAUGCCUAAUGUAGAUUCACAAGAUGAAUUUGUUGUUGAAUUAAUAAAGUCACUAAAUGCAAUGGUUGAUCCAAAAGACAGAAAUAAGUUCUCAAAUACGAUUCUGGAUCAAUAUAACGUUUACACAAGCAAUCCAAAUCAAGCUGAGUAUCUCUACUUUAAUAAAUUCCGUAACAUCGUCGACACAUACUCAUCUGACGACAUAUCAAGUGUAUCAAGCAACAACAAUAACCAAGAAUAUGCCACAACUCUUUUUAAAACAGCAUCUGUUAAAUCCUCAUGUGAUUUAUUGAGGAACAUUCUCAAAAAUCUCGAUAAGCCAUCAUUCAUCCUGUCAGGACCAAGUGGAAAUGGCAAGAGUUUAAUGAUAAAUUCUAUUGUCGCUGAAUUUUCGGGUUAUCAAUUAGUCACGAUCAAUUGCAGUGCACAGCUGAAUGCCAAUCAAGUUUUACAAAUUUUGAAACAAAAUUGUCUGGUUAUAUCCGGAAUUCGUGGAAAGGAAUAUAAGCCAAAGCAAUCGAGGUUGAUUCUAUUCAUGAAAAACAUUGAUUUAUGUCCGAUUGAUUCAUGGGGAACGAGUGAGGUCAUUGAACUUUUGCUGCAAAUUAUUAAUAGAAGUGGAUUUUAUUCUGAGAAUUUGGAAUGGAUUAGCAUCAGUGGACUACAGGUUUGUGGGACUUUGAUGGACAUAACGAAGCAGAAUUUGUCAACUAGAUUCUUAUCCAAAUGCAAUAUAAUUUUGACUAAUUAUCCGAAUGAACACGACAUGCAGAACAUCAUCACGAACUUUUUAAGCUUUAUAUACAGCAAGUUUAAAAUUUCUAUGAAAAAAGAGCAAAUGUGUGAAGUCAUGCUGGAGAUUUACAAGGAAAUUAAAAUAAAUUUUACAGCAGACUUGAGCAAUCACUACAAAUUUACACCCAAAAUGAUAGAGGAAUGGGUCAUUGGACUUACGCAUUAUCCAAAUGACAAUAACUUUUAUUAUGGUUUUUUUUAUGAACUGUCAAAGAUUUUUGGCGAUCGACUGAUGACUAUUGAACAUGAAAUGAUAUUCAGUGAUAUAAUCAUGCACAACUUGAAGUACUUCAACAUCAAAUACGACGCAAAUGAGACAUUUUUCAUCCAGAACUCAGCAGCCUCUUCGCAGUUACAAAUGAUUGAUGCUAAAAAUUGGAAGGAAAUGAUCGAGAAAAAUUUACCAAUUUGUAAUUCUGAAGCUGCAAUUAUUGACUUGCCUGUGACUAAUGAGCUGAUGAAGUCAGUUGCUUCUAUGGUUCGAGCAUUAAGUCGUCCGGGAACCAACAUUUGUCUUGCUGGAAAAUUAGGAUCUGGAAGAUUCGAGUCAACUGUUCUUGCUUGCACUUUGCUGAAUGUCAAGAUGUUCUAUCCACAAGUCACUAAGAAUUAUUCAUUAAAUGAGUUUGUCAAUGAUUUAAGACUUGUCAUGCAAACUUGUGGACUUGAAAAUGAAGUUGCUGUUUUUUACAUCGACCAAGUUUGGAUCAGCUAUUUCCCAGAUCUUUUGAAGUCUUGUGAAGCUAUUUUGGAGGACAGCUUCUUUGCAAAUGAGAAUUUGUUUGGAGAAGAUUUAGAGACAGUCGCUAAUUCAUUGAAGGGAGCAGCUCAACUUGAGGGAUAUCAGGAUAGUUUGGUGUCAUUCUUUUUGAAUCGUGUGAAAAAGAACCUCCACUUAGUCGUCUCUCUAGAAACCACAACAUCAUCAUUCCAAGAAAUUCUCAAAACCUUCAAAUCGCUCUACACAAAAACAGAAUUCAUAUGGCUGCAGGACAUUUCAGUUCACACGAAGCUAAUCAUUUGUGAAAGUGUAAUAAGGUUGAUGAAAAAUGACUCAAACUUAACCAGCAAUGCUGAAUUGUCUACAAAAUAUUAUGAGAAUGUCAUUAAUGAAUGUGGAUUGUGGAUAGACUCACCGAAAAGAUCAAUACAGCUUAUUAAGAGUUAUUACUUGAUCCAUAUGCAGACUGAGAAGAAGAAAAUGAGCAGCAAGACGAAACUCGAGUUGGGCAUCCAAAAAUUAUCUGAUGCUUAUAAGUAUGUUGCAAAAUUAAAGGAUGAUGCUAAGGAGAAAGAAAAAGCAUUAGCUGAAAAACGACAGCUAGCAAAUCAAGCACUUGAAAUGAUAUCCACAACCAUGAAAAGCGCAAAUGACCAAAAAACGGACAUGCUAAAACUGAAAUCAAAAACUGAAGAAAAUGGAGAAAUUUUAAAGCAAAGAAAAGUUGAAAUUGAGAAGGAACUAAGUCUUGUUGAGCCUUUGCUGAAAGAAGCUAGUGCUGCAGUUGGUCAGAUCAAGACAGAAGCACUGUCAGAGAUUCGAUCACUUCGAGCACCUCCAGAAACUAUUCGAGACAUUCUUGAAGGUGUUUUAAGGUUGAUGGGUAUCAGAGAUACAUCCUGGAACAGCAUGAAAUCAUUCUUAGCUAAGAGAGGUGUCAAGGAAGACAUCAGAUCCCUAAAUCCAAGCUUGAUUAGUCCUGAAAAUUGCACAGAAGUCGAACGAUUAAUCAUAAAUAAAUCUGAAUCUUUUGAUCCAAGAAAUGCAAAAAGAGCAUCAACAGCAGCAGCUCCACUAGCAUCUUGGGUACUUGCCUGUGUGAAAUAUUCAAAAGUCAUACAGAGCAUUAAGCCACUUGAAUUGGAACAGAAUGAACUUGAGAAGAAUUUAAAGAAAACUGAGAAUCAAAUGAAGUCGCUUUCGUCAGGCAUUGAUGAUGUAAAUGUCAAGGUUAAGGAAUUGUCUGAGCAACUUAAUGGAUAUACACAAGAAGCCGCUGUGCUUGAGAUUAAGCUUGAAGAAACUAGAAAGACCUUAAAAUCAACAGAAGUUUUGGUUGAAAAAUUAAGUUCUGAGUAUAAUAAUUGGACAACGGAAUUAACAGCUAUAAAUUCAGAAAUUAAGGAUCUAGACAAAGAGUCAUUCAUGAUUGCUUUAUGUCUGACACAUUUCUCUCACAUGCUGGAAGAAGAAAGGACGAAGUUUUUAGCAAAUAUCAGCGAAUCCUUAAGAAAGAAGUUUGAACUCCUCAAUGUCAUUUAUACCGACCAGGACAAGCUUGUUUGGGAAAGUUUAGGGCUUUCAUCAGACAAACAGUCAAUAGAAAAUGCAGCAUUAAUUACAAAGUGCUUACAACUCCCAUUUACAUCAGCCCCAAUCCCACUUUUAUUAGAUCCAACAGCCAGUGCCUCAAAAUGGCUUAACGAGUUCCUCAAAUCAAAAUCUAUAAAGUUUGAGAUUCUUAACCAAAACGACGACCGAUUCACUUACAAUUUGGAGCUGGGCGUUAGAUUUGGGAAGGUUCUGAUCAUCGAUGACGUCACACAGAACUUUACAGCUUCUCUGCUGUCACUAUUGUCGAUGAAAAUUCAUUCAAGAUUCAACAAGAAGAUGCUGCACAUUGGAAACAAAUUGAUUGACUUGCAUGAAGAUUUUCGAUUAAUUCUAGUCACAUCCAAUGACAUUAAGCACCUAAGUGGAGAAAUUAAUGCGAAUGUUACAAUAAUUCCAUUCACUUUAACAGCAUCAGGAUUGACUGACCAACUUCUGUCCAAAUGGAUAUCCAUAAAGCAUCCAGAGACGGAACAAAAGCGAAUCCAAUUACUGCAAAAUGAGGGAAAGCUGAUGCAAGAGAAAAUUCAUCUUCAAGAUAAGCUGUUGGAGGAACUUUCACACGCAGAAGGUGACAUACUGAAAAAUGAGAAACUUCUAGCGACUCUAAAUCAAAUUAAAGAAAGCAGCACUGACAUUGAAAAGUCACUGAACGAGAGUCAUGAAGUUAGAAUUAAAUUACUGGAAAAUUACAAUGAGUAUAAAGACAUUUGCAGUCAGUCAGCGACUUUUUAUGUCGGAAUGUCUAAAAUUUAUGAAUUACAUCCAAAAUCGUUCACGAAAAUAUUUUUGGAAGUUCUGGAUAAGCAGAAAGAUUAUGGAGAUCUUACAGAUCCGUUUGUUGAAAUUGUCAAGAAGACAUACUUAAUGCUGAAUAGGUCAAUUAAAAAAUCUGAGCAGGCACAGUUGGGCUUGAAUGUCUGCAGAUGUGCUUUUAGGAAGAAAAUCUCGGACGUCGAAUGGGAAAUGUUUAUAUUCAAUUUUGCUGAUUCAGACACGACUGUGGACUCAAGCAUCCCAAGGUGGGUCAAGAAGGAACUGAUUCCAAAACUGUCGAAUCUAAAGAUGCAGCAUUCAGCAUUUUAUCAGAAGCUGAACCUUGACAACGACUUUGAAUGGCAAAAUUUCAUCGAUGCUGCUGAAAAUGUGCAAAAAAGCUUUCCAAACAUCCAAUUGACUGAUUUCCAAAGAUUAUUGGUCUACCAAAUAUUCAGACCUGAUCAGCUUGUUACCAUCAUCAAUGAAGCAACAGCAAAUAUGCUUAAUCUUAAGUAUGACUCAUUCACACAGUCUGGAAUCAAGCAAUUGUUGACAGAAGUUGAAAGUACGGAACCAAUUUUGGUUGUGGCUGCAAAUGGAGCAGAUCCAACAAAUGAAAUUAAAGAUUAUGUCAAGUCUAUUGGAAAUAUCAGUAACUUUAUUGAAAUUUACGUUGGAAAAGGUCAGGAAGUCCACAACAUGUCUACAGUCUUAACUGGAGCUGAAGAUGGCAAAAUUGUUUGUGUCAAGAAUGUGCAUCUGAUGCCACAGUUCAUGCAGACUAUUGAAUUAAAAAUGAAGUCAACUAACAUCAGUGCUCAGUUCAGAUUGAUCUAUGUCUGUGAAAGUGACAAAAACAUGCCUAAGCAUCUAGUCAAUAAAUGCAAGAAACUUCUAAUUGAGCCACCGAAUGGAAUUAAGCAUAAAAUAUUCAAUCUACUAGAACAGCAUCAAGCUAUUGUUCGUGAAAAUAGAGAUUUUAGACAUAUGAAGCUGUAUAUAGCAUUGUUCAUACUGCAUUCAAUUUUGCAGGAAAGGAGGUCGUUUAUUACACAAGGUUGGUGCAAAUGGUAUGAAUUUGGAGAUGCUGAUGUGAAAGCUGCAAUUGAUUUCAUUACAGCAGUUAAUGGAAAAUCGUAUAAUGUAGAUUGGACUAUCCUGAAAGGUCUAGUAGAAAAGAUUGUGUACGGAGGACGGGUUGACAACAAUCAAGAUUUUGAGAAAAUAAUCUUAAUGAUAAACGAAUACUUUGACGCAAAAGUCAUGAACGCAAAGUGGACACCAAAAUCAUUCAACAUCACCAUUCCAAAUGCUAACAGUAUUGAGGAAUAUCAGAAUGCAUUGAUGAAAAUGGAAGGAAAUGACACAAAACCUGAAAUGUUUGGAUUGUCAUCAGCAUCGUCUAUAUCUAGAAACAUUACGAUUUGCAGGAAUUUGUUGAAAGAUUUGAGAAAAGUUCACUUUAACAUUGACGAGAGUGAGAAUUAUGAGAAGAGGAUAAAGCCAUUGAUGAUCAUGUGGAAGAAGUUUAUGAAUGUUGCAAACAUCGACUCCCUCAACAAAAUCAAGGAAGAAUCAAUCUCAGAAGUCAAUCCAUGGCGGCUGUUCAAAACAUCUGAAAUAAUCUUAGCUAACAAUCUAUCCAGAAAGAUCAGUGAAACAUUAGCUAAAUUCACCACAAUCGAUUUGAAUUCGAUUUCUGAUUCUGACAAGAAUGUUCUUUUAGUCUUAAGUGACAAUUCAGUUCCUUAUGAAUGGCGUAAAAUGUGGCAAGGACCGAAAUUGGCAUCUGAAUUCUUAAAAUCAGUUUCUGUGAGGAUUCAGACUGUCUCGAAAUUUUUAAACAGCUUGGAUGCAUCAAUUGAUGAAGUCGAUUUCUCGAAAAUCUUUAAUGUUGAUUCAUUUUUGUCGACUGUUAAGCUAGUGACUUCAAGAGAUAUGCAGGUAUCCACUAGUGACUUAGUUAUGGAGUCAUUCACAGAUGAGAUGAAGUUUGAAUCCACAAAACAUCAGAAAAAUAAAAUUAUUAAAGUCGCGCCACUUCAAGUCGAUGGACUAAGCUUUGAGAACAACAUGCUGUCAACAUCUGAUCACUUUAAAGCUGGAAAUUUGACAAACAACAUCUUCAUAUACUUUAAAGAAACAGUCAAAGGAAAUCCUGAUGAUGAUCCACAUAUUUAUCCAAUACCUUUAUACUCAACUUAUAUACGUGAAAAACUUUUGUGCACAAUUAAUUUGAAUACACGCCUUGACAAGAAUGAUAUAAUAUAUUCAGGCACAGCACUUAUUGUUCCCAAUAACUAAACUGGAACAAAUGAAAUAUAAAUUACAAACAAUUUGCUCAAAAUUCAAAGAUUUAUUGAGUAAUAGAAUUUUAUGGGGAAUGAAAAAUGUCUUUGGAAUGUCGAAUAUUUAUGGCAAUGAUUUUUUUGGGAAUAUAUAAAGUUAUGGAUUGGAAUGUGCACAGGAAAAAUAAUGAUAAAAGAAAUAAUAAAAAGAAUUUGAUGUAACCAGAUGGAAUGUUUGAGGUUUUCAAUAAGUUUUGAUGAUUUUCGAGAGUUAAUGAAGCUGCACAGUAAGAAUUAAGCGAACAUUUGGAUGCUAAAACUAGCUAUUACUUUUCAAAAUACAAUAUUGAUGAUAUGAGCAUUUUAGUGGUUUUAAAAUUUUCUACUUUUUGUGUAGUUGCUUGCCCCUUUAGUUUAUUUUCAAAUUUCGCCUGGUUUGAAGAAAAAAAUUCAGACAAAAUGCUUUAACUUAAUUAUUAGACAUCAAAACAACACUUUCUCUUGCUGUUGUGAUCAGUUUUGAUGUAGGAAACAUCAGUAAGGCGUUAAAACAAUAAAUAUUGGACGUAUUACUUCGAAAUUUUCUACUUUUUUGCUUAAAAAAAACUUUAAGCCUCAUUAAAAUUUCAUUCCAUCAACUCCAUAAAAACCUCCAUUCCCUUCCCAUCAUUUCAUUAUCCAUCAAACUCUUUUUCAAGAUGUGAAAUUCUCAAUUUAGAUUCGUCAAAUUCGGCAUAUUCAUCGGCAGUAGCUUCUUGAUAUUGUUGAUAUUCAGAUAUCAAAUCAUUCAUAUUGCUUUCAGCUUCUGUAAAUUCCAUCUCAUCCAUUCCCUCGCUCGUGUACCAAUGAAGGAAAGCUUUACGACGGAACAUACAUGUAAAUUGCUCAGAAAUUCUACGGAAAAGCUCUUGGAUGGCAGUUGAGUUGCCAAUAAAUGUAGCAGACAUUUUGAGACCUUUUGGUGGAAUGUCACAAACGGCUGUCUUUACAUUAUUUGGAAUCCAUUCCACAAAGUAACUGCUGUUCUUAUUCUGAAUGUUAAGCAUUUGUUCGUCAAUUUCCUUCAUUGACAUCCGACCACGAAAAAUUGCAGCAACUGUCAAAUAACGUCCAUGUCGUGGGUCACAAGCUGCCAUCAUGUUCUUUGUAUCAAACAUUUGUUGUGCUAAUUCUGGGACGGUUAAUGCGCGGUAGUGCUGUGAACCUCGAGAAACAAGUGGAGCAAAUCCAGGCAUAAAGAAAUGAAGACGUGGAAAUGGAACCAUAUUGACUGCCAAUUUUCUUAAAUCAGCAUUAAGUUGUCCUGGGAAACGAAGACAUGUUGUGACACCAGACAUGGUGAGAGAUACAAGAUGAUUAAGAUCACCAUAUGUUGGCGUUGUAAGCUUUAAAGUUCUGAAACAAAUGUCAUAAAGUGCUUCAUUGUCGAUACAAUAUGUUUCAUCUGUAUUCUCGACUAGCUGAUGAAUACUCAAUGUUGAAUUGUAAGGUUCAACGACUGUAUCUGAGACUUUUGGUGAAGGAACGACACUGAAUGUGUUCAUAAUUCUGUCUGGAUAUUCUUCACGUAUCUUUGAGAUUAAAAGUGUUCCCAUUCCACUUCCAGUUCCACCACCAAGUGAAUGAGUCAAUUGAAAGCCUUGUAAGCAGUCACAUCCUUCCGUUUCCUUUCUUACGACAUCCAAGACUGAAUCAACCAGUUCAGCACCUUCAGUGUAAUGUCCUUUGGCCCAAUUAUUUCCAGCACCAGAUUGACCAAAAACAAAAUUAUCAGGACGAAAUAGACGUCCAAUUGUUGACAUACGAAGACUUUCAAUCGUUCCCGGUUCCAAAUCAACCAAGAUGGCACGUGGAACAAAUUUACAUCCGCCCGUUGCCUCAUUAUAAUACACAUUGAUUCGCUCCAGUUGCAAAUCGGAAUCGCCUUUAUAAUUUCCACAUACAUCAAUUCCGUGCUCUUCUGAUAUUAUUUCCCAAAACUGGAAAGAAACAAAAGAAAUGAUCG